AUGGGCUUGUUGGUCACGACCGCAGGCUUGUUCCUGGUGCUUUUCAAUAUUGACUUGGAUAGCUUGGAGCAGUCGGAAAAGAAGCAGAAGGAAUCAGAGACGAAGCGGAGAGGGCAGCAAUUGGACGCUUCAAGUGAAGCAAAUGCCACGUUCCAGGGCAGAGAAGUUCAUGUAAUCGGCGCAGGAGACGGCAAGAAGAUCCUUGCGUCGGGGCAGGGAGGUGAGAUUGAGCUAGUCGAGACUGGCACCAGCAGCGUCCCACACUUCCCACGAACAAUUCAUCUGCCUUCAUCGCCCGACUCAUCCGCACCAACACCUUCGCCAGGCGCUGAGGAGUACACCCUUGUAGGUCUCGGUAUCCGGACGGUGCUGUUCAUCCAAGUUUACGUAAUUGGCAUGUACGUGAGGACGACCGACAUCAGCACUCUUCAAGAGAAGCUCGUCCAUCAUAUCAACCCAACCGCAUCAGCGUUGAUUCCUUCGGAGAAGGAGGACUUGAGGAAGAGCCUACUUGAUCCCGAGCAGAGCCGCGCCAUCUGGACCGAGUUGCUAAAGGUGCCAGGUAUCAAGACAGCUUUCCGCAUCUCGCCCACCCGCCCCACUGACUUCGGACACUUGCGUGACGGCUUCGUCUCUGGCAUCAAUACACGCACGGCCGAAGCUCGCAAACUCACUCACGGUGGUGAAACAGAGUAUGACUCUGAAGACUUCGGUCAGUCGGUGCAAGCACUCAAGUCCAUCUUUUCUGGUGGCAAGGCACCGAAAGGGUCGGUAUUGGUGUUGCUGAGGGACGCCCGAGGUGCGUUGAGCGUGCUCUAUCAGCCGAAGCCGGACAAGAACGCGGUCGAAAUGGAGAGCUUGGGCAUGGUGCAGGACGAGCGUGUUAGCAGACUGCUCUGGUUUGGGUAUCUGGCAGGGGAGAAGGUCAGCUCGAAAGGAGCCAGAGAAGGUGUGGUGAGUGGCUGCAUGGAAUUUGUGGAAAGGCCUGUGGGCAGUGUCGAGACGAUGGUGCACUAG